AUGGCGACCUCCGACACGGCGUUCAUGCGCAUGGCCAUUGCCGAAGCGCACCGCUCGCAGCCGUCUGAAAACGCGUAUUGCGUCGGCUGCGUCGUCGUGCGCGACGGUCGCGUCCUGAGCUCGGGAUUCUCGCGCGAACUCCCGGGCAACACGCACGCAGAGCAAGUGGCGCUGCAGAAGCUCAGCUUUGACGCACAGGGGGCGACCGUGUACACGACCAUGGAGCCGUGCAGCACCCGCGUGUCGGGCAACGUCCCGUGCGUCCAGACCUGUCUUCGCGCAGGCGUCGCGCGCGUCGUCAUUGGCGUGAUGGAGCCAAAGACGUUCGUGGUGUGCGAAGGCGUGCGACUGCUCCAGGACGCGGGAGUGGAUGUGCGGCUGCUGGAGGGACUCGAGCGUGACUGUCUCGCUCCGAACGCGCACCUCGCGCUCGUCAACUAG